UUUUGUGCAGCGGAGGAGAAGGGGAGCCUCGUGUGAGGAGGAGACCGAGUGGAGCCCGCGCGCGACACGAACCCACGCCACACGCAGCCACCACGCAGCUUCUUUGAUUGAGGGAGAGGCAGGAACUUUGAUCCGAGGCCAAGUGCGUGUCUGUGCCUGUGCGCGUGUGUGCGCGCGUGUGUGUGUCCCCGCCACGAGAAUGAUGACAUCGAAGGCUCGCGGAGACACAUGAUGUCCCUGUGUCAACAUUUUUGUCCUCUUUUGCUGACAUUCUCUCUCGUCUAGUCCGCCAUUCGCGUGUGAAUGUGACGGCGUCCUCAGCGCAUUGUUUCCACCUCCUUCUUUUUUUUUUUUUGCAUGUGGGAUUUCCUGCCGCGAUGUCUGCAACAUUUCGCUAUUUGUUUCUGGAGUCCUUGACAACACAUGAUCUGGCACCAUGCAGCCUUGACUCCAAAUGAUGUCACUUUCUCCUCAGUCCGCUGUCAGGAGGUGCCCAGACUGAGAUGAAGAAGGUAGUCGGGGACAACGCCACCUUACCUUGCCACCACCAGUUCCAAUCAUCCGGCUCGAUUGAUAUUGAGUGGCUCCUGCAGAAACCAAACUCCAAACAGAAAGUGAUCAUUACGUUCUUCGGUGGCCACGUGUACACUAAUGAGGCCACGAGCACUGAUGCCAGCCACUUUUCCUUUGCUGGGGAGUACCUGGGUGGAGACGCCUCCCUGCUGAUCAGUGACCUGCUGCUGACUGACUCUGGGGAGUACUACUGCAAGGUCAAGACUGGAGGGAAGUACCACUGGAGCCAAGUCAACCUCAUUGUGCUGGUGAAACCCUCAAAGCCCAUAUGUCGGAUGGACGGUGACCACCUGGAAGGUAGCGACGUCAAGCUGAGCUGCAAAUCCAGUGACGGUUCCGACCCCAUCAACUACAAGUGGGAGCGAGUGCUAGACAAAGGCAAGAGCCUUGGCAAACUGCCAAACCUGGCACUUAUAGAUCUGAAGAACCCUGAACUCAUGACCCUGAGGAACCUCACCAUGGAGAGCACAGGUGUCUACAGGUGCACAGCCAGCAAUGAUGUGGGCGAGGAGAACUGCACCAUUGAGGUCCCAAUGCAGCGUGUGAAGGAUAUGGGUAAGAUGGCUGGAACAGUAGUGGGAAUUUCCCUGGGUGUGCUCAUCGUCAUAUUAACCGUCUGGCUUGUCUUCAGAACAAAAGAGAAAAAGAAGUAUGAGGAAGAGGAGACUCCAAAUGAGAUAAGGGAGGAUGCAGAGGCUCCCAAGGCCAAGCUGGUGAAGCCCAACUCCCUGUCCUCGUCCCGCUCCGGCAGCUCACGCUCAGGAGCCUCCUCCACCCAGUCGAUGGUGCACAACAGCGCCCAGCGUGGUCACCGCCCCCGCCCACCUGCAGUUGCAGCGCUCAAGGAAAAUGGACAACCUCCGGGCUUUCCCCAGUCCCCUCCAGCCUACACCACAGUGGUGCCACCCAAGAACCCCGAACCCCCUACCACUCCCAAAUUCAACUCCAGGAAUAUGUCUGGGCCCACACCCCCGACCCUCAUGGUCCCUGCCCAGACCAAGGCCUUUCAGACUGUGUAGGACUGAAAGCUAACUCCUUCCUGCAGCCAUGCCAUGACUCCCAUUCCUACCCCCCAACCCUGUACCCCUUCCCAAAGACUAAGACCCUUCCAUAAACAAAGAAAUGCAACUAGUUAAAGGGAUGUAAUUAAAAAUUUAAUACUAUCAGUCCAAAAGUACUUCUAAUGAAUGCAUACUUAAAAGGGAAAAUAUGAAAUGCUUUCCCCUACUGAAUUACAUAAAAGAAAAAGAUCAAAGACAAGGCUCUGUUUGUGCCUUGUGACUUAAGGAAGAAAGCACUGUAUGCGGCGAGCUAAAAGGACCGCCUCGUCGAAUAUUUAUCAUAUCAAAAUUUUAGGCAUGUAAUGAAGCAAAGGGGUAAAAAGCGGAUAAAACAUUCAAAGCUGAAUGAUAGUAGAUGUAGCCCCCUCCCACCAUGAUACAUAAGAGAUGGAGACUGCAGAUCUUUUCUUCUCCAGUGGGAUGAUGAUGUCACUUUCCAGCACUUGAUCCAAAACCACAGACCCCAUUUGCCACCCGUGGGUUGACCCAAUUGUGCCCGUUCGUGCGGCCAGACACAGUAUUACAGUGUGUGUGUGGGUGGGUGUAUGUGUGUAUUUGUGUGUGCAUCAUUAUCCUCUCUUUUGAGGAAUCCACAAGGAACUUACUUAGACUCACUCAUCUGACUGAUCAGCCAAUCUGCUUUACCACCAGCAGGGCAAACUUCAGGUAUAAGGAUGUAGCACUAACAUUGGAGUCAUAUUAAUGGAGUCUUCACAUCUUUUCUGGUACUGAAUACCUUCCUUCUAUUAAACACAUACCGGUAUACUAGGCCUAUAGACAGACCGUGCUUUGAUAUAGGGAAUAAGCAACUAUUAGCUCAUCAAGAGUAUUUUUUCGCCUUCCUUGUUUUAUGUGUUUCUUCUAUCCAAGCUGGUCGAAUGGUUGACAGACAGCUUAGUCAUAAUAAGAAGUGCCACCAUUCCCUAAAAUGGGUUAUUAUUUUUGCUUUUAUUUUUUUUGUUUACCUGCUGCAUUUCAGAAAUGAAAACAAAAUGUGUUACCAUGAACAUGUGCUGAAUGAUGAGGAGGGAUGGCAUCAUUUUCGUUGCAGUAAAGUACUGAAUUAAUAAGCGAAUCUUCACUUCUGCUACCUGUUUUCACUCUUGUAAUAAGACAGAAUGAAAUUAAUAACGAAGAUGAAGUGAGCCUUAUAAUGUUUUAUUAUUUACGAUCGUAAUUGUGUGGUUUCAACUGUAAUGAUUUGAUCAGAAGCAAUAGACACAAUUGAUGAAAGCAGGAAAACACAUCGCCUGAAGUUAGAAGAUGCUACGGGAGGCAGAGGAGUUCCUGGCAGAUCACAGCAACCGCGUGUGUUGCUUCGUAUUGUUCCUGUAAAGACCUAUGGGUAAAACUCAUUAAAAUAAAGAAAACACACAGAUAUACAGAAGUGUUGACGAAAGAUUUUCUAGCUUGAGCACUCUGGACUACAUAAUCACCAUCAUCAUCAUCACAAAUGUUUCCGAAAUAAAUUUCCUCAGCAGUUUUUCAUGUUGAUGGAUUUACUUUUUGGAGCAGCAAAAAGUUGUUAGCCUCGUUAGAAAAAACAGCCCGCUAGUACAGUAACUCUUCUGCCUCUGUUAGCUCCUUGCAGACUCUACUCUUGUCUGCUUUCCUCAGUCGGUCUACCUUGCCCUUCUUGUUACAUUACAUGAAUAAGUGAAAAUAACCCAAAGAAGACACGUGGCUGACAUUUUCAGACAUCAUAGUGAAAAAAAGUCAAUUAAGCCUGAUAAAAGGAGUCGUAAAGAGUGUAUGGUAUCAUUGUCAGGACUCUCAAUGGAUUCGUAAUAAUGGAGUGGCACUCAAUGGCUCUCUGCCUGAAUCAGCAAGUGCUGUGUGUUAUUGGUCCGUCCGUGUUAUCAGCCAAUGCCCCUUUUGUCACAUAGUCACAGACCCAGUGCAGUUUGAUUGAACGUAGCUUAAAAUAAAGCAAGUAGCCUCUUUAUCUAGUGUGCCUUUGCAAUCCCUUAUUCCUUUUCAUUCUUUCUUUCUUUGUCCCUAUCUUCAGCACACCUUCUCACCGGCUGAGAAGGUCAAUAGUGACAAAUAUUGAUGCAGUUCAAUAAGUCGCCCUGGAUAAAAACUGAGGCAUCCCAAAGGGGGGAGUACAGAGCAUUGCAAAGUAUCCAUUGUGAGAGAGCAAUCCUAUGCCACGGGACAAUGUACUGUAGAUUCUGUAACCAAUAUUGUUUUGCAUUGUACAUACAGAUAGAUAUACAGUAUGCACAUGAUGUCAUUUGACUUAAUAAAUUAGGGUACAUGAGGGGAGAUUUGCGCCCUACAGCAGUAAAAGUCAAAUGGAAAACGCAAAGGUGAAUUAAAAACAUGUUGUUUUGAAAUGACAUUCUUGAAUGGAAAAAGAAGCUAGAAAAAUAACCUUUUCCCCCACUGAGAGCAACAUUUCGACACAGAUAGAGGUACAAGCAUGGAUUGCAUCCACCCUCUGAUGGAGGUUAUUGCUUGUGAUUUUGCCAGAUUAACCUGGAAUGUUAUUUUUCUAUUAGGAAACCCUGUCCAAUUUAAAUGUUCAUGGGUGCUCACAAUAUACAGCAUAACUAUAUGGAACCUUCAAAGUCAAACGCAUCGAUUGUGAUUGAAUUUAUCUGGUCCAGACUCAAACUAUCACCAUCAUGCCUUCAUUUACUGCACAGGAAAUUAAGUAACAUUUUAGAAUAAGCAUACAACUGUAAAAAAAAAAAUGACUGUGGGCAGCAAGAACACGCAUCCAUGCAACGAGGUGAAGACUCUAGGGCAUAAUGCUGCACCCUCCAGAGCUAAAACAAGCAAAUAUUAGAAAGUAUUUUUAUAAGGUACAGUACUAGAAAUGCAGUGUAGUACCUGCUUAUACUUGCUUUUGACAAUGGAACAUUUUUGAGGCGUUCAACUUUGUAGGUUCCACUUAAUAACAAUUGAUUUGUUACUUGUUAUAGGCUCCAGUGGUGCUCAUGAUACUUUUGAGUUGUUCGGCUUUUUCUUCUAAAACUGAAGGGGAACAGUUCACAGAAGAUAAAGGAAUUUAAUAUUCAAAUUAUUGAAAUCUGUGGGUAAAAAAAAAAAAUUACUGACUUCAUAUGUGAGACUUCCCAUUUGACAUGCCUGUGAAGGGAGGGGGCCCUAUAAGAUGCCUUUUAUAUUAAACUACAAACAGCAGUUCAUAGGGAAACUAGAGUGCGAGUGCAUGUGAAUAUGCGUGUGAGUGUGUACAGUGGGGGUGUGUGCAUGUUAAUUUAGUACAAGCCCUCGGGCCACACCCACGCACUCUAUUGUUAGCCAUUCAGCGAACGAGAGGGGAUCUAGCCAGGCAAAGUAGCUUGUAUUUAACAAUGACAUGAAUGCAGACUGGCAGUAUUUAUUUUCAUUUGGACUCAGGAGUCAAUUGAAGCUGGCCUCACAAGCAGCAGCCAUGUUUUUGCUUGUGCGGGAGGGGCGUGUUGAGACAAGCGCGUACAUAAUUCAUAACCGGCCUUCAUGCGUUUACACUUGGCCCUGGGUGCACAUGCAAGUACUAUAUUAAGUAGUUUGCAUGUGGACAAAAGUCUUGGGACAUACCUCUUGUUCAAUUCGUUUACAGUCGGGUUGAGGUAGACAUCUCGGAUUCCUGUGAAUCUGAUGCUGCAUUCCAGACUGCUGGGAAGUAGGAAAUAUCCCACUUGGAACUGCUGAAGUCCAAUCUCAAAGCAUUUCCAAUCGAAAAUCAGCAACAACAACAAAAAACGUGGCAUACCACCUCAAUGAGAUAGAGGUACGUAACAGCCAAGUAUUGUCGGAAAAAUGGGGGAAAAAAUGGAAAAGAUUUUAUACGACAUUGCUGUGUGGCUUCAGAUUACUUGAGAGGAAUUUCCGACAGCUUCCAAAUGCACUUGAGGUCAGAAAGUCCCACUGUUCUGAAACACGGAAUAAAUCCUUCACCUAACACAAGCAAUUUUGGACAAUUCUAUAUCUCCAACUUUGCUGGAACACUUUGACGAAAGCCCAGUGCACAAAGCAAGGUCCAGAAAGAAAUUGUAAGAUGAUUUUAGUGCAGGACGAAUAAACACCUAAACAGAGAAAUUCCUACAGAGAUAGUUGAAAAUCUUCCACAAACACACAGGUGCUCCCACACAUUUCUGCUCCUUCAGAGUCAGUUUGAUGGAUUAAAUGUUGGGCAGUAUUAGCGUUAACUAAUGGAAGUAGUGAUGCAGACAAACAUAACCACAGCAACAACACACAGGCACUCGCAGAGACAGGCGUUGCAUUUUAACAAUGGCGUAGCCACCAAGACUUUAGUUGUCAUAAGAGUCUGUCGGAGCACUGAAGUGCUGUGAAUCAGGCGGAGCUUCUUUUAACAGGAAUGAUAUGGAGCCAAGGCUCUCGACAUUGAAAUUUCCUCUACCACCAACAAAGCAACAAUAGCGGCAGUGAUGGUGGAGGAGGAAGGAGGGAUGCAAGUCUUCCAACUGUUAAAAUUCCUCCAAGCGCUUAGAUCCCUGACUUCAUCCUCUCAUGUGCAUCGCUUUCUUUGAACAGAUUUCCAUUAGCUCAGUAAGGGAAUAAAGGACACACACACACUCGAUUAUCAUCUUUUAGAACAAUAUUCCGUUAACAGUGUAUGUGUAUUCACUCUCAUCAUCAACCUGUGUUGUGUGAUAGCCACAAUGUUUUUAUUUUUAUUUUUAAGGCGUUUUAUUUCUGACGAGGGCAGAGCGAAAUGAUGCUCAGACUUUUGGGCCUCGGAAUGUGAUGCAUUUUCCCGGAAAAGUGAGCGACGGUGCUGAAAUCACCCUGGAAAAGUAAAUGGGAUCUGCAUGUCAUAAGAAACUGAGCAAACGAAUGAGAAUGCUUUGCUUUGAUGUAUCAUACCUGUAUUUGAAUAAUGAAUUAUUAAAAAAUCUACAAUUGUAAAUAUAUAUUCACAGAAAAAAUUCUGAAGCUUUAUUUUUGUCUUUUUUUAAUUUUCAUCCAUGUACUUUGCACUUUUGUGUGUGCUAUGCUCAUCACGGGCCUGUGGGAUGUGUGUGGCCGGCUGUUUCUCCUCGACAACAUGGUUUAAGCGUCAGGAGCAGAAACUCGGCCCAGCGUUACUUAAGGGGACAUGCAAGACACUUUUGUUUCUUUUGGUGAUCAUCUAUUUCUUUUCUGCAGUUGUUUGGUUUUGGGUAACCGUGCAGAAUUCUUUGAUUAAAGACAAAACAAUCCAUGUAAAUAUCACAAUUUCAAAAAUGUAUAUUUUUACGACUUAUGAGUUAUUACUCUUUCAUUUGCAAAUAAAAUAUUCAAUGACAACCUA